AAUUACGGGUCCUUGUGAUGUCAACAAGGGGUCCUCGCACAAACGAUGAGCCACACAAUGGUUACCUGAGGAAACAGAUCGAAGAUGAAAAUACCGAAAAGAAAGCUGUUUCUUUUGAUUAUUUUCGCAUAUGUGGCCUUCUCGCUUUACGCAGCAUAUAAUGUCUUUUUCAGCAACAAAGUGAUCUCCCGCGUUCACCGGGUGGUGAAAAACAGCGGCGCGCCCGCCGGUAAACCCUCACUCGCUCGCUGGCCGCAGCAGCCAGGGCCCCCGCAGAAGCAGCAAAGACCGACAGGACGGAGCCACGAGAGAAGUCUAACGGAGUCGGUGCUGUGCUUUCUUUCAGGCGGAGUCCGCGGUGGCGCCGCGCCGUUUGUGGCGGAUGAGUGGAAUCCGUGGGAGGAGGAGGAGGUGGAGUACAACUCGGCUCUGAACAGGAAAAGAGAGGCCUUCAAGCAGCACAUGAGCAGAAUCGAGAAGAAGAAACCCCAAAAAUACAAGGUCCAGAUCUGGGGCAAAGCGGCAAUAGGGCUUUACCUUUGGGAACACAUCUUAGAAGGAUCCCUUAACCCCACCGACAAAGUAGCACAAUGGAGAGAGGGGCAGCUGCAGUCUGGAAAGGUCGAGUUGAGUUUCUACACAGGUCCAGCUGUGGUCCAGGGUCACGUCCCUCUAGACAUGAACAGCCUGGUUCUGGUUCUGAAUGGGCGCGAGGAGCAGAAGGUUUUGUACUCCACGCGCUGGCUGAAGCACGUCCAAGCUCUGGUCCAGUCCCGCACGGUGUCCCACGUGGCUGUGGUUCUGCUGGGCAACGAGCAAUGCGACAACGACUGGAUCGCCCCACAUUUGAAGAGGAACGGCGGCUUCGUGGACCUGCUGUUCCUGGUGUACGACAGCCCGUGGGUCAACGACAAGGACGUCUUCCAGUGGCCUCUCGGCGUUGCCACGUACAGGGAGUUCCCCGUCAUCCGACCCAACUCCCAGCUGAUCACAGCCAGCCGACCGUAUCUCUGUAACUUCUUAGGCACCGUUUACAAGAACUCGUCCAGGGAAACGAUGAUGCACGAGCUGAAACAGUCGGGCUUAGAAAAGGAAUGUUUCAUCGCAGCCAGGGAUAAGUGGCUCCCUCAGGAAACGGCGGACGGUCUGAGGCGCUAUCAGACGGCGUUGGCCCAGAGCGAGCUCACCCUCUGCCCGGUGGGCAUCAACACCGAGUGCUACCGCAUUUAUGAGGCCUGCUCCCUCGGCUCGGUUCCCGUAGUGGAGGACGUCCUGACGCCUGGGAAGUGCGCCGCCGGGCCCAGCUCCCCGCUCCGCCUCCUCAAAGCGGCGGGAGCGCCCUUCAUUUUCAUCAGCGCCUGGAAGGAGCUGCCCGCCAUCCUGGAGAGGGAGAAGAUGAUGAGUCAGGAGCAGAGGGUGGACAGGAGGCGGAGGCUGCUGGAGUGGUACUCCAGUUUCCGGCGGCAGAUGAAGGAAAGAUUCACUGAGGCCCUGGAGGAGAAUUUCUUCAGAAGUGGAUGACGUUCCAGCCUGACUUAUAGUCAGGAAGAAAGGCUGGUGUGGUUUGUGGAGAUGUACUGCUGACGCGGUGGAAGUGCUGACGUUCAGUGACUUCCCUUUUGGUGCUGCUUAUUGUUGUUGUGAAGCUGCCAUUGGUACAAAAUGUUUACUUUUCUAUGAACUAUUUCCACUUGUGAACUGCAUUUAGAGAUCAUAUUUGCUGUUUUUAGGAAGUUUUAUGUUUGUGUCAAUUUUAAGCGGUACUUUUGUCAUCAUUAAACACUAAAUAAUGGAAGAAGAUUUUUUGGUUCAUGGAGUUUUAUAUUGUUUGUGAGCAGGUUUACAUAUGGAUAUUGGUGUUUUUUUGUUUGUUUUGUUUAUCAUAACUGUAGUACAGAGUAUGUUUUGUUCCAUUUAUUUAAGUGAUGUCCAGCAUGCACUUUUUAGAACGACUAAUAAAACUGUUGUCUGGAUUUUAAA